GGUAUUCUUGCACAGUUAAAAGAACUUCAGAUCAAAUACUGAGUUCCAUCUCACCAUUUAUCGAAAAGAGAUCAUGAUUGUAUACCCGUCGUGAAAGUUUCACAAUGGGAGAAUCACUCCGAUAUUGUGGCAUAUGAACACAUUGAACACUUCGAUUUGAGGAUCUUAAGUUCGUCGUACAAAUCGAAUUCUUGUAUUAAAAGAGAUGCAUUUCUUCUUUUGAAGAUUGCAAUUUUUCUACCAUUAUCAAAACCAAUACUGCAACUUUCUACGUCAAAUCAAACAUGAAUCUGCAAAAGUUCCUCGUGGUUCUCUCUUCCCUCACUGUCGUAGGACUUUCGGCUCCAGUAGUCUCACAAGCCCAGCAUAAAACUCACAAACAAACAACAGAAACCUUGGAGAUCAUCGAGCUCAAUAAACCCACCGCUAUAAUCCCCACCGGACAUGCACUCGAUCAACAAAGCCCCAACACCAACACCCACCACAUCUCGCAACCCACCAAAAAAGACGCAUUCGAAAUUCUAGACAAGACAACCGAGCUUGCUCUCAGCCGCAAAAGCACCCUCAAACCCAUCGAAAUCAUCCUUCCAAAAUCCCCAACAAACCAAAACAAGCGUGAAGACCAAACAAUCUCUGUCGCUCUCAGCCUCAAAACCACAAAAAACCCCAUCGAAACCCUCAUCCCGACUUUUACAUCACCGCAAAAAAAGCGCGGAGACGAAACUAUCGUCUGGGCUCCACCACCUCCAACUUCAAAGAUUCCGCAAAGACGAGGUGAUGCCACGGUCGUUUGGGUGCAACCUCCUCCUACACCGAAGAUUCCUAUGUAGUUGGUUUUGACGACAAUUUCUGUUCCAACAUCCGCAAGAUCUACGUGUCGUAUUUUCGAAGAAUUGGAUGUCAGGGUCUCGAGAGGAAGGCGAGCUAUAGGGUAGAGAAUCACGAUGUUACGAAUCAUAAGGUUUUGAAUUUGGUCGGGAUUUGCUAAGUCGUGGGGAUCUUGCACUUGCGGAAUAUAGAAAGGUGGCUUUUAUACAAGAGACGUUCUGCGUAUGUUCAAAGACCAAUGUCUAUACAUAGUUUGUGAAUCACUUCUCUAUGUUUCAGCAGUAGCACAGGUACAGCAAUGAAAAUUUCUGAGAAAUCAAGUACAAAUGUACCAACGAUUGAAUUUCAUUUCCUAGAUAUUCUAAUCCUUUCCUCAAGUGAAAUCAGACUCGAUGUGCUAGGCGGGGAUCA